AUGACUCAGGAUAUUGACAGAAAAGAGCAAAGUGAGGUUGCGCGACUCGUGGAGCUGUACGAUCUACAGCCACAUCCAGAGGGAGGAUGGUUCAAAGAAACAUUCAAGUCAACAGUUCACUUGGAUUCCGUACUGACUUUCCAACAGAACGAACACCUUCACGGUAACAAAGACUCCAGAGUCGCCACAGUUUGCUACUACCUCCUCCCGAAGAACAGUAUGUCCCACUGGCACAGGCUGGCGUCAGACGAGAUAUGGCUGUACCACGAUGGCGGCUGCCUCAAGAUUCAUAUGAUAGACGAAAAAGGUGUGUACAGUUCCGCUGUACUGGGGAGCAGUCUGGAGCACGCCGAGGCGCGGUACGGGGUCCUGGUGCCGGCAGAGGUGUGGCUGGCUGCGGAACUCACAAACGGUGGAGGCUUCUCUCUCAUCAGCUGUAUGGUGGCGCCGGGUAAGUACUAG